AUGUCAUUGUCAUUGGAUAUAAAAUUUUUUCUUUUGUUCUUACUGAUAAUCCAAGUAACUCCAUUAAACACCCGCACUUUUCUUGAUGAUGUUGGAUGUGAAAUAGUUCAAUAUCCUCCCGAAAUUUUAGGACCAGUACCUCAUCUAAAAGAAUGCCUUUCCACUAUCAAUAGUUUAGUCGUUUAUCCGGGUGAUCCUAACUAUUACGAAUCCAUUAAAACCUUCAAUUGUCGAUAUUCCUACUUUCCCGUGGUGAUAAUAUAUGUUACUAAUAUUUUAGAUAUUCAAUUAUCAAUUUAUUGUGCAAAUACUUUAAAAAUUCCUGUUACUGCCAGAUCUGGUGGUCACUCUUUUGAAGAAUAUGGAAAUGGUGGAAGAAAUGGUGUUAUGGUGAUUGAUGUCAAAGAAUUUAAUCAAGUUUCUAUUGAUAAAGAAACUAAUACCGCUAUUAUCGGUGCUGGAAAUAGAUUAAUUCAUAUUUAUAGAAAAUUAAAUCAAGCUGGAUUUUUAUUUCCAGCAGGAACCUGCCUUUUAGUUGGUAUUGGUGGUUAUGCUACUGGUGGUGGUUACGGUUUCGUUGCGAGAAAGUACGGAAUGUCUUCCGACAAUGUUAUUAGUGCCGAAAUGGUUACAGCGAAUGGUUCUUUUUUAUCUUCUAUCAACUCCACACACCAUUCUGAUCUAUUUUUUGCGCUUCGAGGUGCUGGUAAUGCCGGCUACGGCAUAAUAACCUCUUUUACCUUUAAAAUUUAUCCUAUUCCACCAAUAGUUACUGCAAUUAAUAUCUCUUACGUUUCUGAACAAGUUGAUUUGUUAUUCAUGUCAAUUGCAAAAGUGGCUAAAAAUCUUAGUGAUAAAUUAACUCCCGACAUACGAAUAUUAUCUGAAAAUGAUAGAUUAUAUAUUGGCUCAUUUUAUGGUGUAUUUUUAGGAUCUGCAGAAGAGGCAAAAAGUGCAGUCAAUGAAUUAAUUGAAUUAACAGAACCCGCUUUUACAAAAUUUGUAGAAUUGUCUUGGGAGGAAGCUGUUGAAAAAUCUCCUAGAUUUGAACGCCAGCCUUUUAAAUCAACAUCUUAUGUUAUCGCACCACCAGGUCUUUCUCGAGAAGGCCUGAAAUUUUUAAGGAACUUUAUUAAUAAUAUUGAAUGUACUACAAAAGCAUUAUUCUAUUUAAUGGGUGGUGCUAUAAAUAAAUUUUCGGUAAAUAGUUCUGCCUUUAUGCACAGGGACUCUCUUUAUAUGUUACAAAUGGCAAUGCAUUUAGAAGGUCAUAACAAAGAAGUUCAAGAUAAAUGCUUUGAAAAACAUUUGCAAUUUAGUCAAGAGUUUCGGGCAAAAUAUGCUAUUUAUUUUAGCUAUCAAAAUUAUAUUGAUAGAAACUUACAAAAUUGGGAAACUAGAUAUUAUGGCCAUCAUUUUCCUAGAUUGGUUGAAACUAAAAGGAAAUAUGAUCCUAAUAACUUAUUUAAUUGGGCACAAAGUAUUCCUAUAAAAUUCUCAUAA